GUCGACAAACACAAUCGUAGGCCUGAAUCUGAAAACCUUUGGUUAUCUCUGGAAAAAAAGAUGGCAUCGCCGUCCCGCGGGGAAGUCCUUACCCUUUUCCGUUCGCUUCUGAAGACGGCGCGUCAGUUCCCCGAUUACAACAUCCGGGAAUACACUAAGCGCCGGACAAUCGAUGGAUUUCGGCAGAACAAAGACCUCUCGGAUCCCUCAAAGGUCGCAGCUGCUUUCUCCGAAGGUAGGGCCCAGCUCGAGGUCGCCAAGAGACAGGCCGUAGUUUACUCCCUCUACGCCCCCAAGGUCAAGAGCGUUAUGGAAUUGAACUAGUAAUUUGAUUUUCGUCAUUUUAAUCCCUUUUGAUUAAACAAUAGAAUAAUUUUAUGAACGUUCAAGAGUUCAGCAGUGUUCGAUGUGAAUACCUUGAAUUAUGAAUGGUAAGCCCUAGGGUUUUGUAUUUUUAUAGCAUCUAAUAUCCAAUGUGAUGAAAGGCACUGCCUUAUAUUAUCAUUGUUCUUUUGUUGAUA